CGAGAUGGUAGACGCUGGACCAGAAGCAUGGUGUGCGAACGUCUCGAACGAUCACGGUUCACCAUUUCCUCGACGGAUGAAGUGAAAGCCAUGAUCGAGGCUGGAGUAGAAUGUAAAGAAGUCGAUGCGAAUCGAGAGAGGGAAACCGCUUUAGCGUCCAGUUACUCCAAGGCAAGCUGAAAGGAAUGUCGAACGCCGUGCAUCGCGACGCCAACGAGUUCUCACACUGAGCAUCUCCAAUCAACGACGCGAUCGUCAACGACCUACCACCUUUGAUUGAAAAUUCAUGAACUGACGAAGAAUGAAAUUAUACUGAUCACGAUGUCGUCGAAAUAUUUUAUCAUUGCCAUAUCUAUAAUUUACGUUACAGAAUGCGCGGCCCAAGUUUACAAGAGCCACUCGGUCGAGACCGCUGCAGUAAUCAAACCGGCGGUUGUAAACGAUAAUUUUAUUACACAAACCGUCUACGGAUUCUUGGAUUUCACCACCACGAUUGGAAACACAGUGAUGGUGUUCAGCCCACAAAGCGAGCCAACAGGCGGUGAAAAGGGAAAGAAAAGCAGCGUUUCGAUUAUUCAAACGAAACCGAGCGGAACACAGGAAAAAGCGGCUCCUGAUAUUCAACCAAGCAAAACGCACAAAACGAAUUCCGAAGAAGAAACGAAAAAACAGGCAAAAGGCACGAAGGUUGUUGUGAAUUCCGUCAUCGAGCAGAAUGUUAUUAACUCCUCCGAUGAUAAUGGCAUUCGGUCUCCAAAAAGCCAGGAACUGAACACUCAAACGCAGGUAAUCACAAAGAGCCCUGUAAUAUCUACGCAAGUGCAAGUAAAAUCGAAGGACGAAACGCCUGGAGUAAAGAACAAUCUUGCAGAACCUGAAUACGACUUCCUGUCCAAGCAACCUGCAGAAGUAAUUGACGAAACGUACAAGUUAAUCAAUUUGAGACCUUCCUCGAAAACACAUCCAAAACCUAGACCAACAGGUCGAAGAGAAAAGGAGAAUCCAACUGGGCUGGUUACGAAACUCGGUGGCACAGUUGUUAAGGAUGGAUUAACUACUGUUCACGAAACUAGCGUAAUUGGUACCUACAUAAACGGUAAAUACGCACAGGUGCUUCAAAGCUCGUCAAGAAUUCUUUCUGGUACACCACCGAUUCCCGAAGGUAAGAUUCGUCCAUCUAGCACUCAACGGAUCCUGAAAACAAUUGGACCGCAACAAGGAAAGCUGAAACCGCAGUUAGAACCUACACCAACUAAUCAACAAGAAGAAUCAUCGCUACCCUUAGAAGUUCUGUUUAGUGCACCAGGUUCUACAGUGAGAAAUACACGAAAGAAUGCCAAUCCUAAUUUAUCGCGCCCAAAAUUCCGUAACAAAGCUAACGAGGAUUACGACAGCGGUGAAGUUCAGCAAACGAAACAAGGUAAAAAUCGAAGCAGCACCACGGCUAGACCAAGUUUCAAAAAUCGAAGUCCACCGACAACGACAACAGAGCCUCCAGUCACGCGUCGUAGCAGCGGUUUCCGGCCAAGAAAUCAACCAAAUUUACCCUCGAAACAAAUCAAUAAGAACAAAAACGAACAACAACCGGUCAGUCCCAAUCCCGUACCGAAAUUGAAGCUACCCAGAACUCAGGGACGUUGGUCUUAUAAAACAACCCCUAAACCGCGAAUCAUCAUUCGAAAACAGAUUGACGUUGAAGACGAGCAGCGUUCAGCACCAGAAACUAGCACAACGGAAGGAUCAGUAAAUGUUGAAGAUAACAAAGCGACAACGACCUCUGUUUCCACGUCUACGACUACAACUUCAGCUACAACAGGUCAGGCAGUUAACGCUCAAAGAAAGAUACAGGAAGUAUCUACCGAUGAUGAAUUAGAUCCAAGUGAAAGCGAGGAUGUCGCCAGUGUUAGUGUUCAAGACCAACAUUCAGAACCGAUUUUACCCGUUGAAACGAUCAAUGUCGAAAUAUCGACUGCUGCUGAUCUCAGCAAUGCAUACUUUGAAAUUGCUACCAUUAAAUCACCGUACACUUUCCAGGUUGGUACGUUGAGAAACACUCGAUACGUAACAGUGACCUCAACAGCUAAGAAAUCAUUUUCAACGAUCGAUCCCUCCACCACGAUAUCGCCGACCGAACCUCUCACGGAAAAUCUGCUAGCCAACACAGCAGCCGCAUACGAGACAACUUUACCUCUAGAUUCAGCGGUGGCAACCCUCCCAGCUAUAUCUCUAGAAUCUGGCCAAGCUACACCUCCAUUAGAAACUUUAACAGAAACAUUCUCGACUACUCAAACUCUUCUGAAGACCCACUUACUUCCCGUGAUCUAUAAUGGCAACACGACCAAACUGACCCUGGUGCAAACGUACAAUAUCGCUCGUGUGGUCACAGCAACAAAAACUCUGCCUCCGAUGGACAUUUAUCAGUUCAUCCCCAGCAAAGCAUUGAAUGAAUUCAACUCGAAACUCGACGAGGCCGGUAGCGAGCUUCACUUGGAGCUGGAAGUCGGGGACGAUGACAGGGACGACGACGAUAUUCCCAAAAGGGUCGUAGCGCCGAAUGAGCAAGCCGAUUCCGAUCUGGAACCAUUCAAAUCCAUUUCGCCCUCUAAAGCGAAAUCGGAAAUCGUAACUAGUAGUUCCGCAGAACCUCAGUUGUCCGCUGAUCAGCUGGCUCUGUUGAAAUACUUCGGUCAACAGCAGCCACAGGUGAUCACCACAUCACGUCCGGUCGUUGUCCUGGAGACAGUCUACGAGUCUCACGUAAUUCCAGUCGUGAAUAACGGAAACACGCUCUACUCGACGUUAUCCAGGCCAGUCGGCACUGUGCCACGAACGUCCUAUGAAUACGGAACGUCCACAAUUGCGCCCGUUUUGCAGCCACAAUUACCGCCGCAGCUGCCACCGCAAUUGCCACUAUUUCCACAACAGCCACAGUUCACGGUGACGAGCACUCCUCUAAUCACGCAAACCUUGGCUACCCUGUCCGAGUCUAAAAUACUAAAAUUGACAUUCGGAGCUAAAACCGCCUACACCACGUUGUAUUCGAGCAGAGUGGUGCCGACGGAGAUCACCACAUAUGUCACUAAUACCGUACCUGUACAACCAACCGUCCAAGCUUUCCCGGGUUAUUAUCCUCCACCGGUCGCUUAUCCACCUUUUCCUUUCGUAGGAUAAACACUCAUUACAGUUAGUUAGUGCUAAGCGAAUAUGCGAAUAAGUUGCUCUUAACAUAUUGAAGACUGGAGAAUCUUAUUUUGUCGAGUAGUGACCAGAGUGGACAAGAACAUCCGAAAAUUGGAGGCGGUUGAAGACAGAGAGACAAAGUGAUGAUAAAUAUUAAUAGAAACAGAUGUAAAUUUAUAAAGGUGAUUUUGGAAGCUUCCAUGUUUGUUCAGAAAUUCAGAACGGUGAUGGGCUACUAUGAUCAACGUCAGGUUCCGCGUACUCGCAGAUGUCAAUAAAUUUAUAAAUUUAAAAGUUCACGAUUUAAAAAAUUGUGAGUUUGAGAAUUUAUGAUUUUGAAAA